GUCACUGUGAGCCCGCCAUUCUCUCGGCGCCAUCUUGACUUGAAGUGAAGUGAACUUGAGCAGGUGAUCGUUGUUGUUAGCUCUCUGUUUAAAAUUAUAAUAUAAACAUUACUUUGUUGAUUGAUAAUAACAAUUGUGUUAUCUUGCAAAAUCUAUUCGGGUGAACAAUGGCUCGUACAAAGCAGACUGCGCGUAAAUCCACGGGAGGAAAAGCUCCCCGUAAACAGUUGGCCACAAAAGCAGCGCGAAAAUCAGCGCCUAGCACUGGUGGCGUAAAGAAGCCCCAUCGUUAUCGUCCUGGUACCGUGGCGCUCCGAGAAAUCCGUCGUUACCAGAAAUCCACCGAGUUGCUCAUCCGUAAACUGCCGUUCCAGCGGCUGGUGAGAGAAAUCGCUCAAGAUUUCAAGACCGACCUUCGGUUCCAGUCCGCCGCUAUCGGAGCUCUGCAGGAAGCCAGUGAGGCGUAUCUCGUGGGCCUCUUUGAAGACACGAAUCUGUGCGCCAUCCACGCAAAACGUGUAACCAUCAUGCCUAAAGAUAUCCAGCUGGCAAGACGAAUCCGUGGGGAGCGCGCUUAAGUUAGCCUUAGUUUGUAACUUUAUUCGUAAAUUAUGUGUAAUUCGAAUAGACUUAAAUUCUAUAUCAUUUUUUUUCCACUUCACAUUAAACUCACAUUCUUAUAAUUAAUCAUUAGCGUAAGGCAGUAUCAGAACUGAAUUCUUUUUUAUACUUCUUAUUUUGUAAGUUGUGCUAUGUUGUAUGUAUGAGAUAUUGCUGAUUCAAAUCACCAAGUUUACUUGCCAGAUGAUAGUUGAUUAACAUCUCCGACUUUAAUAUGAAAUUCUUAGUGACAUCUUGUACUACAGCAUGGACUAGAAUAUUGUUGUAUGUCUAGGUAUAGAAUAAUAGGCAAUAUUUGUAACCACUAUAUGAAUGACAACACCCAUAUUUGGAGUUUUUGGUUCACUAUGUGUGUAUUGAGAUAAUUUGGUGUUAAAUAAACAAAAUUUAGAUUUAA